AGUAAAAGUAAAAACUAUAAAUAAUGCUGAGAAAACCACAAGUUUAUUGUAGAACUGCUGUGCGAUUCUAUACGCAAAUAAUUCAAUCAACAUCUCCAGGUUUAAGUAACGUAAAAGGUUUGUCCAAUAACUGUGUUAAACCUGCAAGCAGUCCUGUUGGGCCAGGGGCAGCACAUAACGCGGAAUAUAAAGUACCAGAAUAUUUCUGUUUCAACCGUUAUAGCUAUGCCGAAGCCGAAGUGGAAAUGGCGAAAUAUAGAUGCCCCCAACCGUCAGCUUUAAAAAAAUAAGGCGAUUGUUGAUUGGGUUCGAUCAAGUGGGAUAAGAUGAAAUUUUGAAACGAAAUUAAGUAAAAUAAAAUUCUUAUAAAACGCA